UGACAUCGUUUGAACUUUGACCUCUUACAAGCGCUGCAAAUGAAGCUUCUCGCAGUCUGCAAGUCGACACUGUGUUUCCGUGCUUUCAUUGCGACGAGGACAGCACGAAACGUAGCCACCAUGCCGCUGAAGUUCGCAGCCAACCUUUCGAUGAUGUUUCAAGAAAUCCCGACGCUUGCUGAGAGGUUCAAAGCGGCGAAGGAUGCGGGCUUUCGAUAUGUCGAAUGCACUUUCCCUUACGGCGAGAGUGUGGAAAGCCUGAGUGCGGCACUCAAAGCAGCCGACCUCGAGCAGGUUCUUAUCAACGGGUACGCAGGGGACCUCACCAAAGGUGACUUGGGUAUUGCAGCACUACCAGACCGUGUUAGCGAAUUCAGAGAAAAGCUGGAGUUAUCUAUCAAGUAUGCCAAAGCCCUUAACUGCCAGAGAAUGCAUAUCAUGGCUGGGAAAAAGCCAGAAGGUGCAGACACAGCUAUAGUGAAGAAAAUGGAGGAGACUUUCUUUUCAAAUCUGAAGUAUGCUGCAGACAGGCUUCAAAAGGAAGGGAUUUUAGCAGUGGUAGAGGCUGUCAACAGUCGCCUGUCUGUGCCUCAGUACUUUCUCUUCCAUCCACACCAAGCUUUGGAGUAUGUAAAGAGAAUCAAUCACCCAAAUUUAAAGGUUCAGUUUGAUUUCUUUCAUGUCCAAAUCAUGGAUGGGAACCUUACUCAAAACUUAAAGGAACAGUUUCCAUAUAUAGGUCACAUCCAGGUGUCUCAGGUGCCAGACAGAGGUGAGCCAGACACAAAUGGUGAGAUUUCAUAUCCAUAUGUCUUCAGCAUUCUAGAAAAAAUGGGAUACGAUGGAUACAUUGGACUGGAGUACAAACCAAGAGGAAACACAGUUGAAGGGCUGAAAUGGUUAAAAGAACUUGGCUGUUGAAGGAAAGAGAUAUAUAAAUAAUAUACUUAUAGUGGACAAGCUUGCAAGUGCAAGUGUAUCAAAUGUAAUAACAGUAUAGCAUGCACCAUUGUUAUUUUACUUUUGAAUAUAAUUUUCUCCUCAUGUAUACCAGCUAUUUCUCUUCUGAUCUUUCUUGCUACACCAUCAGAAUAUCUAUUUCAACCUAUGAAGGCCUCUCAGGCAUGUUAAUGAAUUGAUUUUGUGUGUGUGUGUGUGUGUGAGCUGAAAUUUUAAACCAAUUUUUCUUGCUCUGGAAUGAAGUUGGAAGACUGUUCUAAAUAAGGCACUUUGGGAAUUCUGUUUGUGGGAUUUUUUGGGGGGCUGCUUGUAAACAUUUAAUGCAAUGUCUUGAGGAAAAAAAUUACAGUUAUAGGUUCAGCAAGACCAACAGCAAUUAAUGGCUCUAUGAUAUGCGAAAAUUUGAAAGGGCUUGAUAAUUCGGUGUCUCAUGCAUGUGUAAAUAACAUCAGAUGGCUUCUGACAUCCAUUUUUUUUAAUUACAUAGACAAUAAAAUGGAUUGAAAGUACUUUUAAUUGAUGUUGUUUGCUAUUCAUAAAAUUGUUUUUGUAUGUAUAUACAGUGUGCAUGUUUGUAUAUUCGUGCAUCUGUGUAUUGAAAUGCUUCCAAGUCCAGAAAUUACUAGUCAAUUUUAAUUUGUUUUACUUUAGAAAUGGAAUAAUUGAUGAUAAGAAAAGCUUUUUGAGUGCAAUGUGAAACUCUUAUCCGGUGUGCACUCACCACACUUUAAUUAGAUGCCAGAAUUACGUCUUAAUUGUAUAAUGAACGUCAUGUGAUGUAGUUUGUGUGAUAAUAACAAUUUGCAUUAACCAGACCUCAAUAAACAGACAUAUCAAGUUUU